AUGACAAGAUGUAAUAAGAGUGAAAUUAAUCUUAAAAGCACUGCGUACAAUCAAGAUGGACAAAAUUAUUUUGAACAAUUAACAGCGUAUAAUUCUAUGAGUGCGCAUUUACGACGCAUUUUACUAGCAAAAUGUGUCGUCGAUGCUAGAAACAAAAAUUACAUGAAUAAACGAAAACAACUGUGCAAACAAAUCGAUUGCAAACCACGACUUAUGAAAACAGAGAUUACUAACAAUAUAAUUGAUAAAUUAGCAUAUGAUACUUUAUAUCAUCCAGCGGAUUUUUUAAGAAUGUACCAUGACUCGAAAUAUUUAUGCCAAUGUGAAGCUGAAAGAUAUUUUACCAAUUAUUAUGAUGACGUAAUUUGUCCACGAUCAAAAUUGCACGAUCAUGUAAUUUGUCCAAGUUUACCGACAUUUAAAAUAAAUAAUUCAGAGCCAUUUAUAUCAAAUUGUAAAAAUACAAAGCGACAUAAAGUAUUUAGUCCUUUAGGUGUAAAAACUAUGUUAAAAAUGCAAAAUAGAUACGAAGAAAAUUCUAUAUUUCACGGGUCCGCUUCUGAUUUUCUAUCACAAGAAAUCAAUCAUCUUUCAUCGGCAGUUAACACGACGAGAAGUUGCGACAAUUACGAAACUACUCAAGUACCCGCUAAAAUGAUCCAUAAUCAGGAAGUACAUGUAAGAAAUGAAGAAGUGAAAUAUGCGAAGUUUGUGUACGAAAUUACACGCGAAAUAAUACUCAACGAGCUCUAUACUGAUAAACAAUUGCAAGAAGUGUUUACGAAACACAUGGAAGAAAAUAAGAAAAUCCUGGAUAUGAAUACAAUGCUGUAUGAAAUUUAUCAAUUAAAGCUUGCUUUAAAUAUAUCGGAGAACCCAGAAAGUGGGAAAUUAACAGGUGUUGCUUAUACUCAGCAACAAUUGAAUGUCUCCGAAAUUCGACCACAGUCAUCAUCAGAAAUUCUAAAUGAAAACAAAGCGACGGAAAAAUUCGUACAAUAUCAAAAAAUGGACGAAAAUAGGCGUGAUUUGUUAGGCACUAGUAAUAUACCAGUCGUAUUAAUCGAUGCUAAUCCUGAAUUAAUUGUAACUACAAGAGAUGUUCUUACAUCGUUAAUAGAAGCCGAUAUUAAUCCUGAACAAGCUCGAAAGAUUUAUCGGAAACUUUCUGAUAGAAGCAAAGAUACGUCUCCACUGAGCGGACCGCAAAAAGAACAAUUAAAUGGUGAAUAUGGAACGAAAGAAAGAGAUCAAUUUGAUCAUAAUGUAGUAGAAUUGAAUGACGCAUACGAAGAAAAUGAGUAG